AAAACCCCAGAUUAGCAGUAGCGGGGACGAUCUGAAACAAGGCAGCUGCAUCAUCCUAUCCCUGCAAAUCGUCAGUCGGCUACGAGACAACUGCUACUCCGGUGACGGUGACGCCAGGUGCGCGCAGGGGUCAACUUUUAGGUUUUUUUGUGCAAUUAGAAACGAAUCGAAGGGGAGAACGACGACUUAAGGCUCCCUGAGGGUUUUGGUUCCAUAAUUCAUACCUCUAUCUUAGCAUUCUUGGAGAUAAUGCAACUCACUGUGGAAUUCGGUGGUGGACUUGAGCUUCUUUGCCAAUCCAUUAAGAUCCAUAAUGUUGAUGUUGAUAUGCCAGCUGGGGAAGAGAAGUUGACAAUGAGCAACUUGCUGUCUUGGGUUCGUACCAAUUUGAUCAAGGAGAGGCCUGAAAUGUUCAUGAAAGGAGAUACUGUGAGACCUGGUGUCCUAGUCCUUGUUAAUGAUUGUGAUUGGGAGUUAAGCGGUCAGCUUGAUACAACUUUAGAGGAGAAGGAUGUGGUAGUUUUUAUUUCAACACUGCACGGUGGAUAAUUCUUUAGGGUUGCAACGUGUAAUCUCUCAUACACA